GGCAUCGAGUGCGCGUCGGUUCACCAACGUUUUUAGCUGCUGUUACUAGCCCCCGUAUACUGUUCGUGCGUUGUUUUGUGUUCUCCGUUCAUGCCGCGAGAGUAAACGAAGAGACGACCGUUGACUCUUACAUAAACUAUCUCACAUAAACCAUUUUUAUUUGAUAAGUGUAUAUAAAAUUGAUCGACUAACUUUGGUGGUUUGCUGCUUCUGUGUGUAGUUCGGAUACAUUCGGUGUGACACGCAGUGCUUAAAUAUUUGAACCAUCCGUGUUGCCCGAAGGAUUAUUACACAACGGCUGGAUUUUUUAAUAUAAACGUGCAUGACACAAAAUGCAUUUGCCGGAAGGUCCGAUGAGUAUGGAGCACCUUAACGCAAUACAUGAAUCGCUGCAAGCUUCUCACGGUAACUUGGUGAGGACCGGAAGUCCCGCCAUACUCUGUACCUCGUUACCGUCCCACUGGAGGUCGAACAAGUCAUUGCCACACGCGUUCAAGGUCGUCGCCCUCGACGAAGUUAGCGACGGCACCAUGGUUACUAUCAGAGCUGGUAACGACGAGAAUUGUUGCGGCGAACUCAGGAAUUGCACCGCGGUAAUGAAGAACCAAGUAGCUAAAUUCAACGAUCUCAGAUUCGUGGGUCGCAGCGGAAGAGGUAAAUCGUUCUCGUUGACGAUCCAAAUAAGUACAGUACCAUUUCAAGUGGCAACUUAUACCAAAGCUAUCAAAGUAACUGUGGAUGGCCCAAGAGAACCGAGAUCCAAGUCGAAUUAUCAAUAUGGGCCCGGAUUCCCUGGACUUGGACUACUAAAUCCAUGGGUCGAUGUCGGAUACCUAUCCGCUUGGCAUUUACCCCACCCGGCUUUCGUCAAAGGAACGAUUCCAAUGCCAACACCGGAUUUGUUUCCACCACCGCCGUUUCCCCCGGCGGCGGUUCUCCCAACAUAUGCGUUCGACGUGAAAUACACGGCGGAAUACGCGGCCCUUGCACCGAAAACCAGUACCGCGACGACAACCCACGUGACCAUUCCGACCAGCCCUUCGAGAACGCCGCCUAAAAGUCCGAGUGAGUCCGGAAGCGAGUCAGCGGCCGAGGAGAUACGCAGCGCUUUCGUCCCGAUCAGAUUGAAUACAUUACCGCCGACGCCGACGUCGUCCAUUAUCACGGCGUCCUCGUCGUCGCCUGAGAGAAUUAUGAAGAAACCGGAGAUCGGUAGGAACGAAUUAAAGGCACCCAUGGCGCUGAUCUCGCGAUCUCCGAAGAGAUCGCCGCCGCCGACGAAAGUUUCUCCGCCGCCGCCGACUAAACCGGUCUGGAGGCCCUACUAGACGAAACGGUGAAAGAAGAAAAGAACGCUCACGAUGGAAGGCUAGUGAUUACUUAGACAUCGUCGAUGCCGAGAGGACGACGCUAUAUUAUUGACUGUCUUCGCGAGAAGAGAUCGACAGAUUUCCAUUAUGAUUUAUUCUUCGUUCGUUAUUUUAUACGUCUUCGGUUUUACGAAGGCGCAUAAAACAAUUGUAUGGAAUGAACAUUUGUAUCACUACUUCAGAUCGUACGUGGUUGAUGAUUCGAGGAGUUAGGUUUGAUUAGGUUAGAUCCGAUUCUUAUGUAUACUGGGUAUUAAAACCCGAAUCGUUUUUGAUUGUAAAUAAUUUUUUGUACAUAUAUGUAGAUAGUUCGUGGACAAUAAUCCUAGCGCGAAGAGACUAUUAACAUAUAUAUAUGUAUAUAUAAACAAAAUAUAUAUAUAUAUAUAUGUAAAUAUACAUAUAUAUAUAUUGUACAUGAAAUUCAUCUGUACUGAAUAAUAUGUGUAUGAGCGCGUGGAUCACACCAGAGAGAUUAAAAGACAAAGAUGACGAUAUUAUUUAUAAUCCAGAGAUCUAAUUUAAUGUAAACAGAUGGUGAUAUGGGGUGAAUAAAAUCGAAAUCUGCAAAUCCAA